AUGACCGACCAAGACGACGAGCAAUCCAAGGGCCAGACUACCCCAGCCGCUGGCCCGGCUAACCCGCCUCAAGUGCGCUCACGGAUAACCGUCGUCUGUGCGGAAUGCAAACGACUCAAGCUCAAAUGCGACAGGCGAACACCCUGUGGGUCAUGCGUCAAACGUGACACCGUUGCUCGCUGUGUCUACUCUCCAGCUGCUGCGGAAAAAGUCGACCUCCAUUCUCUUAACAACCGGCUCAUUCAAGUCGAACAAUUGCUUGCUCAAGGCAACAAUGUUAUCCCUACGCAACAGGCUGCCACCCCGAGUCCACCAGUCCCGCUUACACCUCUCGCCAUUCCGUUGGUCGAACUCCAUAGUGCAUGUUUGGCCCCUUUGGGGCUUCCAACCCCAGCGAUACCACCCAGAACCCGUUCAGAGUCGUUGACCAGCCGUCCCUCUCCGCGAAUCACUACAAUUCCCUCGUUAGCCCCAUCGCCAGCGCUUCUUCGCCUUAUUCCAUCUGCUCAGCGUUUACCGGGAAGACUUGCAGCUGGACACACCGCUCUCACCUCCCUUGCCGCGGCCCCCUUUCCUUUCUCCUGGUUCGAAGCCCGUGCAUAUAGCUUCAUAUCUGGUCUGACGGGCACCGCUGACGGCAACGCCACGUCAAACACUCCAUCGCUAUUCAAUAACCCUGCCAAAGCCGCAAAGGAGGCUCGAAAACGGGAACGAGAAGAGAAGAAAGAGAGAGCUCGGUCCAUAUUUUCUGGAGGCGCCAACGGGACUCACAAUUUCGCCAACUUCGGUGGCUAUACCGCCCUACUCAAUGGCACCGGCAAUACACCUUAUCAGGGCUAUGGCAAUCCAGCAUAUGACGUCCCUCUAGUUCACACUCUAGCUGAACCCCAGUCUGACCCAAUAGAGCCGGAUCAGGACUCGUUGGACAACUCAGAGCAAGAAGUCGACGAGUUGGACAAUGAAGCUGGCGAAGACACAGAUGGCUUGACGCUGCGUCCAGCGGGGGCACAUCCCAGCAAUACAGCGAUCCGCACUCAGAGGCAACCACGAGGGGAUCCUCGCACUGCUUUCUUUGCCCUCUUGUGUGGUGUCUUAGCAUUGUCAGCCAACUCUGCCGAACCCGACGAGCUCCCAGAAGCGGAUUUACUGGCCUUGGCGAAGCGCGCAGCAACUGAAUAUUUCGAGCCUCCGCCCUCCGCUGUUGUUGCGGACAAGGAAAGGGAGCGCCUACAGGCAGAAGUUGAUGCCAUUUUGGGCAUGUGGGCGGUUGGAGUUUGUUUGAUGCGCAGAUCAUCAUCGCCUGGCGAAGAGGUCUAUGUUCAUGUUGCCCAAACUGUCGCUUACGCCCGUGUCGCCGGACUUGAUCAAGAAACGGUACACCGUCUUCCCGCAGACACAAGGGCCGAUUUAGCUACGAAGGCUACAGCUGCACGAAAAAGGCAGCACCAACAACCACCCACAGUUGUCAAAAUGGAGGAAGUCGAAGAAUGCCUGGGGAUCGCAGGCUUGAAGCAGAAAGACGAAUGUGUUCAUGUUCUGCGCGCACGCACGUGGUGGACAGUAUGCUGGGGCGAUAUCCUCGCUGCUGAAGCAACUGAUAUCGCACCCGCUAUUGCUCUUGGGACUACAGCACAACAUCAAUCGGUCUCCCUUAACCAGCUCAAUGGUGAAGACACAGAUCUCCUCGAUCGUUCCGUGGAUUGGUCAGAAGACGACUUCGCCAGUUUUGCCGGCAAGCGUUUUGGCGCAUGGCCUCGAUUCGCGCGCGUUCUGCACCAUGUUCAUACUCUCACUGGAAUGGAGGGUGCUUCUUCCGCUGAGAGUAUUAUCCGAGCGUGGGCUGCAGCCGAGGGUGGAGGUGACUUCCCCAAUACGAAUGGCUUCACAAGUCCGGUUGCCAGCCCUUCCAUCUCGUCUCACGUCCCCGCUUUUGCAUACGGAAGCCGUCAAGAAGGAAUGGAGGUGGACAGUCACAGCCCUUCCUCAGCAACAUCGUCUCAGUCGUCAAGCCCAGAAAUUGAGGCGAUGCAGCAUCGCGCGGAAGUUGCCUUACUGGCGAACCGUGCAAUCUUGAAGCUGUGGAUGUCAUGGAUGGCAUUCAAUCCAUCUGCUACAUCCGCACGCACGUGCCCUCCGACAAUACCAAUGCAAGCAGUGUAUGGUGCCGUUGGGGCUGCUCAUGGUAUCGUUCAAGCUUGCCGCUCGCUUCAAGCCCUUCCUUUGCCUGUUCAGUCUUCUUCGCUCGGGCUACUGGCUGAUCCACCAAUGAGAUCGGUUUUUGACGCCGGCAUUGUUUGUGCUCAUGCCGCGUUAAGAUAUCCGAUCGCAGUAUUUGCUGCUGGAGCGCGCGAAUCGCUUGCGACUGCCCUGGCCCUUUUGCGAGUGCCACCGCAGACUUGGUCAGGUCAAACAGAAGGCGUUCGUGUGUUGGAAGGGCUAGCGAGAAGAGCCGGAGUUUUGGAAGAGUCGUACAAGAUAGCCGGCAACGCCCCCAAGCGGAAACACGAUGCAACGGAUACCCAGUCGGCGUCACACGCCACAAGCAAUGGGGUUGAUGUCGCCUUGCGAGAAAAGGAGAUGCAGCGAGAUAAGGCCUCUUCUUCGAAGGAGAAGAAGAAGCGGACAAGUUAUCCCUCUGUGGGUAUUCGUGUGCGGCCAGGCAAAGAAACUCCUUUCUUUGCCUCUGGCUCUGCCUCCCCUGUCGUCCCGCCACCCCCGCGAAAGGGUUCUGCGAGCAAUAAUGGCUCACCUUCCGCCAGACAACAAGAUGAGAUGGCAUAUUAUGCUCUUUCUCAACAACCAAAAGCGGGUCCGUCGUCGAAUCCGGCGCAGCAACCGCAAUCAUUGAUGAACGCGUAUCGCUCUCGAUCGUCUUCAAUUUCCCAAGACCCGCGUCUCCAGCCCCCGAAGGACCAGCAGUCAAUACCCAUGGACUACUCUGUGCCAUUUUCAGCUGGCGGAAAUGCUCCUCCGUCGUCACAACCUCUCGAGGAUUUCUCCAGACGUUCAUUUGGCGAACUUCCUCCGCCAACGUCACAGCAACCUCAGCAAGGUUAUGCGAGUGAGGCUAUGUAUGAGCUGCAACCUCCACGAGCGGGUUCCUAUGACGCUGAUGCGUAUGGGAAUGUCGGAAGUCCAUUUGGCUCCAGCAGCAGUGGAUCACCGUAUAACACCACUGCGACAUCAGUACCUUUUGGUGGCCCCAGUCCGCCAUCGUACUCCACCCAACAGCCGUAUUACUCAAAUGGCUACGAUGCUCCACCACAACCGCAACAAACGCAGUUCGAUGUUGGCGUUGGGCCAUCCCCACCUCGACAGUAUCAUGGGCAUGUCGAACAGGACGGGCGACAUGACAUGACGGCUAGUUGGGCUGCGACAGUACCGGAUUCACAUCCUCAACAACAAUUCUGGCCAACACCAAAUGUCAGCGCUUCAGAUGAGUAUAAUAAAUUCUACUCACACUAA